AUUAUAAUUCCUCUAGUUUCAUAAAGAAGAAGAAGAAGAAGAUCUCAUUGUUGAAUUAAUUCUUAGCUUUUUCUUCUCUUUUCACCAAUGGAAGGAGAAGCCGGUGGGUCCGUCACGUGCGGGUCAUGGAUUCGGCGGCCCGAAAAUCUCAAUUUGGUCGUGUUGGGUCGGACAACGACCUGUCAUUCUUCUUCUUCUUCUUCAGCUAUUGAGAUUUUCUCUUUUGAUCCCAAGGCCACGUCUCUCUCUUCAUCUCCAUUGGCUAGGCACGACCUCGAGGAAAAUGCUGGUGAUCCAAUAACCAUUGCUGUGCACCCAAGUGGAGAUUGUUUUGUUUGCUCUACCUCUAAUGGAGGCUGCAAGUUGUUUGAGUUGCAUGGUCAAGAAACACAUUUACAGCUGUCCACCAAAGAGUUACCUCCUCUCCUAGAUGCUGGUCCUCAAAAAUGCCUUGCUUUCAGUGUUGAUGGUUCUAGAUUUGCCACUGGUGGGGUGGAUGGACAUCUUAGAAUCUUGGAAUGGCCAACCCUACGCAUCAUUGUAGAUGAAGUAAGAGCUCAUAAAUCCUUUCGGGACAUGGAUUUUAGCCUUGAUUCGGAGUUCUUAGCUUCAACAUCAACUGAUGGUUCUGCAAGAAUAUGGAAGACAGAAGAUGGUGUUCCUUUAAUGACUUUAACUCGCAACUCGGAUGAAAAGAUCGAAUUAUGCCGGUUUUCCAAGGAUGGCACAAAACCAUUUUUGUUUUGCACUGUUCAAAGAGGAAUUAAAGCACUUACUGCAGUUUAUGACAUAAGCACCUGGAAUAAAAUUGGGCAUAAAAGAUUACUCGGAAAACCUGCUUCUGUAAUGUCUGUUAGCCUGGAUGGAAAAUAUCUUGCUCUUGGAAGCAAAGAUGGAGACAUUUGUGUAGUUGAAGUAAAGAAAAUGGAGAUCAGCCAUUGGAGCAAGAGGCUUCACCUGGGUACACCCAUUACAUCGCUAGAGUUCUGUCCUAAUCGAAAUUGUAGGGUUGUUCUUACAACUUCUAAUCAGUGGGGAGCAAUGGUGACAAAACUAAACGUUCCUGCAGACUGGAAAGAGUGGCAGAUCUAUUUACUGCUUUUAGGACUAUUUUUAGCAUCAGCGGUUGUGUUCUACAUAUUCUUCGAGAAAUCCGAUUCGUUUUGGAACUUCCCGAUAACCAGAGAGCAGCAAACAAGAGGAAAUAUGGAGUCGUUUUUAGGGGAUGCACAGUCAGAUGAUCCAAAUGUGUUCGGGCCUCUUGAUAUGUAAGCAGCUAGACGGUUUCUUUAUUUAAAGUUUCCAAUUGCUA